AUGUGUGAUGUGGUGGUAAAUUAUCCCAAAAAAGCGUUUACAGUACUCACGUGGGGAGAAGGCAUGGGAUGGGCGGCUGUCUCAGUUCCCCAGAACCGGGGUCCUCUCCUACCACACAGACUUUACCGUGUGAGCAUGGACGCCGAGACCAAGCCAAGCAGAGCGGAGGCACGCAGCCGGGGAAGCACGUUAUCCAAACCCAAAGGCAAACAACUGUUUGAUCUGUUGGACGAGCAUAGCAGCGGGGGUAAAGACGAUGCACGCACCUGGGCCGAGAUACCAAAGGCGAAACGAACGGACGGCGGCACAGCAGCAUUGUCCUCUUACAAUCAGAGCCCCAGUCAGAUUUGCUUUGGAACCCCCGCGUCUACACAAUUUUUACCGAUAUGCUAG